AUGACAGACCUUCUCGCGCGCAUCGAUGGUCUCGACGACCCUCUCUGCACGCUGAUCUUUGACUUUGCCGGCCCGCUCUCGCUCUACCUCUUGGGUCGCGGCGAGUGGGAAGGGGACUUUCGCCACCGCGACGACGUCAUCGAAGCCGUGUACGCCGACGCGUACGCGAUGAACUGGGAGGGCGACCUCGCGAUGCUGCCCGAAGGCGGCCCGCGUCGGUGGCGCGACCGGACGAGUCGGUCGUUCGAGUCCAUUUCUACACCCGAGAUGUAUGCGCGGUAUCAAGCGCUCACGCACUCUCCCGCCACAUGCCCGUUUGGCUUUCGGAAUGCGUACGACGACGACACGCCGCCUCGUCAUAACACGGACGACGGCGAGGAUGAUGCUGCAGUCGACGGCGAUAGGGACGUCUUGACCAUCCCACCAGACACACUUGACGAAGUCGGCUUGCGCAACUGCUGGGGUGACGCGAUCGUGCCUUUCUUGGACCGUCCGAUCGCGCUCGCCCAUGCUGCGGCGUACGGCGGCCACGCGACGCUCCUCUACGCCUUGGAGAAAGACUAUGGCGUCGACCUUGCGCGCCUCUCUAAGACGCCCGACGGAAAGACGUACCUUUUGGACCACGCAGCCGGUCGCGGGUACAUUGACGUGGUCAUGUUCCUCACGCGCGCCGGCAACAAGUUUUGCACGACGGACGCCAUGGACGAUGCAAUCGCUCAUGGCCACUAUAAGACUGUGUGGUGGCUCCACUGCGCGCGCGACGAAGGCUGCUCGACCGCGGGCCUCGACAAGGCGUACUACAAUCGCCGGGACUCGCAUGCGCAUGCUGCAAUUCUCGCCUUUCUCGUGCAAGAGCGCGGGAUUCACUUUUCGGAAAAGACGUUUGCGAUGGCCGCUGCGGUCGGCGACAUGCGGUUUCUUCGCGCGUGUCAUGCCAAUGGCGUCGCCUGUACGACCAAGACGAUGGAUGCCGCCGCACGGAACGGCCAGCUCGAGGUGCUCGAAUUUCUGCACGCGUACCGCACAGAGGGCUGCUCGGAUGCGGCGCUCACGUACGCGGCAGCGCUGGGAGAUCUCCCGACGGUGCAGUUUUUGCGAACGCACUACCCAAACACCGGGAAUCUCGUGAACGCCAUGACCACAGCGGCGCGACGAGGGCGCCUCGAGGUUGUUGCGUGGCUGCACGCGCUUGUGCCCGUCGGAACGGCGGGCUCUAAGCUUAUGGAUGCCGCGGUGCGUCACGGACACUUGGAGGUCGUCACGUUUCUGCAGGCGCACCGCCCGAGCGAAGGCCCGUCGCUGCGUGCAUUUGAAGCCGCACUCUGCAUGAUGGACGAAGCCCUCUACUUCUUCUUGAUGGAAUCGCGGCCCGACCUCGUGACGCCUGCGACGCUCGACUGUGUUGCGAGUUACGGUCGAAAGAAGCUGAUUUGGGACCUCUACGCCCGCGGCGUUCGUAGCCCCAACACCAUGGCGUGGGCGGCGCACUGGGGCAAGAUCAAGUGGAUGCGCAAGCUCCAUGAUGUGUAUCACGAGGCCUACACGGACGCGGCGACGGACCGCGCAGCGAGCCAAGGCCACACUGACGUGAUCGACUUUCUCCUUCACGAGGCGGGCGUCGACUUUACGUACCAAGGCAUCUACUUGGCGGCGUACAACCGCGAGUGGGCGGCACUCGCGCACCUUGUGACACGCGACGUGUCAAAACACAACCUCGUGGAUUCUCACCGCCGCGGGCUUUGA